AUCACGACCCUCCUGCGACCCUGUUUUCUUGAUAGAUCAUACUAUACGGACCUCAUGAAACGCUACUCACGAUUUAUCUCCGAAAGCCGGUAAUCUAUGGCGACAAAGGACCAAACAGCGCGCACACGCAUCGACAAAAUCAGGGCGGAGCUGCGAUCAACGUCAACAUGCUCGAACACGACCGUUACAGCGCUUCAGGAGCUACUCGUACGAAAUCACGAUGAACCAGCACAGAAGGAAAACGUCAGAGUGAAGGCACAGGGAGCGGCGCGGAGGAAAGCAGGGACAGCUACUGCCACAUCCCUGGAUGUUGUCAAGCAGACUACAAUUGCACUCGCGCCGAGAGAAAAAUACAUACUAGCAACCGAAGUCGCCAACACAACACUCAAGAAUCUCGCGAACGCACUGAGAAGCCAACCGCCGGCAACGGCUGCUCGAAAUGCCUCCCAGUCGAAGCCCGCCCACAAUGACGACGCGCGCAAGCCGACAAGAACCCAAACAGGCCGCGCGAAGAGCCCCUCAGGCGCGCACCAGGCGCUGAAAGAACGAUCUGUCACCCAAACAGUCAACUCCCCACAGAAACGGGCGGCGCUGCGGCGGUCCUCGUCGUACUCGUCAUUUCUAACGCCGGGCCCAGAUACUGGUUUGGUCGCAACAGCGGAGUGCGCUAGGAUCGCAUUUGGAUACUUGGGAACAUUGGAGGCGACAAAGGUUCUUGGAAAGGAUUCUCAGGAGUUGCAGUUGGAAAAUGGCAACCUCGCUCUUGUCGGCAAGCUUGUUGCGCACGGUCUGGACAGCCUUGCUAUCAAAGAGAUGAAGAUUCUGAAGAAGAGGCUGGAUAGGUUCCUAGGCCACGAAACAAAGAAAUCGGAAACCGAGUCUGAGGCUGUGGCAGGAGAAAAGGAGAGUUUAGCAUCUCUACUGGAUUUCAGGUCGGUCGAUCCGAAGAGCCCUGCGCUGCCGCUCAUCGCGAAUUUUCAAAUGUACACUUUACGGGUCAUUUCGAGACUGAAUAGACCCCGAAUUGUUGAAGCCACCUGGGAAUACCUAAAGAUGUCAAAUCCUUCAUCCCCCGUAAACUUGCUGUGGCAUGUCGCCAAUACCCCAGAUGGUCAAACAAAAGGAGCAAGACAACUCGAAUCACUCGCGCAGACAAUUCUCGCUCUUUGUCCGAGUAUCUCGAGUUCAGACGACGAGAACCCUCUACAACCGUCAGCGGAUGCAGUGCUGUCGUUGCAACAUCUGGCAUUCAAGGUCCGGAAGCGGUGGUGGGCGUUGGUCAAGCAUCGAGGCAACGAAGAACAAGAGUUACUAGAGCCUUUCACUAGGUGCAUAAUCGCCUUCUCUCGCAGAUCAAAGCUUUCGCCAGUCAAGAAGUACAAACUAGCGGAAAUGCUGUACACCGACUUGACUGAGCAACCAAGCGAGUCUGGUACGAGCAAGCGCGAUGCCUCAGAAUCUACAGAAAUGGUCGUUAAGACUUUGUCUUCUCUUGCUCAAGCUGCGGAGUUGUCUGAAGAAGCGCUGCGAUGGUUAGGAUCAUCAAGCUCGUCGACAGCACCGAAUACUUCAGCGGCGAAACAAGCUGCACACCUCAUUCGCAUUGCGACUGUGUCAGUAGAAGCGUCGAUGAAAAGCGGUGGGAAUAUGCAACUAGAAGACACAAUUGCAAACGCGCUUGAGGCCUUGUCUGGGAGCUUGGGUGGAACUUCCACGGACCUGGAUUCUCUUUUCAUGGAAGCCAACACUCUGAGACGUGCUGCAUCAAGAUUACUAGUCACCAGUCUUUCGACACAAGCAAACUGCCUUGACGGCGAAUCGGUCCAACAACCAGCCGUUUGUAUCAUAGCAGCAUGCGUACGGUUUACUGCGAGGUUUAUUGGUGCGAGAUUGGCUGUAGAUACGGUCUCGAAAGCGCAACUUCGGCACAAAGAGCGAAUGACCAUGGCUUGGAAAUGUUUAAAGGGUGUCGUCGAUUCUGUACUUACUUGCUGCAAGCUGCCUGUGGAUCUUGAUGACCGGUGGAAAGAGCUGGACAAUGUUCUUCAGGAGUGCUCGCACAUUCUGCAACGAUUUGAGGAGGAAGUCGAGGAUCACGUCAUUGAUAAUUCACAAGAGACUGGGCUUAUUGGAUCAUGUAUCGUCAAGCUCUCGAACGCUUACUGGACUUUGAACAUGAAGCUGCGCAAAGCGAACGUCGAUAUGGAAACCUACAUUACGGCCAUGCAGCGUUCUGUCACCCUUGUACAGGCAAGGCCGCAAGCUGAGAUGGAGUCUGCCCAUUUUACAAUGAAGCUUGAACGACUGGCAGAAACUCUCGAAAACAUGAACAGCGCUGAAGGUUCCCGAAAAGCUUUGGAUCAGUGUAUCCGGAGCCAUCUUGACUCUAGCGCCUCUCAAAUACUCGCCGACCUUGUGACGAAACGUUCGAUUCAUAACAUCUUCGACAGUGAUGGAGAUUUGAGUACCCUAGCCAGGGUGUUGAAAUCCAAACACCGUUCUUCCAUCAAGUUCGGCGUAAAAAGCCCCGACGAAUUGGCUUUCUACGACGAUGUCGAGCUCCAGCCGGGAAUUCGAGGAGCUCUGUUAGAAUAUCAAUUGGGGUUGUAUUUGCGGACCCUCUCCAGGAAUCGGCAAUGGGAUUCGAGUCUUGACACAUCUGUUGUCUCUUUGGCGGAGCGACUUCGCGAGGUCUAUAUACCAGAGAAAUACCCUCUUCGUCGUCUGAGAAUCUCUGUUAUGCUUCUACAACUUCACCAAAGCCAGCCUCACAUACUACCCGAGCAAUCAUUGCCCUCGGAUUUCCUGGAUGUGGACGCAGAUAUGGCGAUAAGAUCAGACGAUGCGGAACUGGUGAGGACGGAGCGACACUUGAAAGCUCUUCACAACCUCAAACUAUUAAUGCAGCAGAAUACUCCAUCCGCAUCGGUUGUUCGGCAAUGCUUUUUGGAGUGGGAAUCACUUGUUGGCUCCACUGCUUCAUGGGGCGAUCUAGAAGACCUCGUGGAUAACAUGGAGUACUGGCUACAAGACAUUCAAGCAAGUGUUGACUUUCUCAAUGCAAAGGGGGAAGAAUACCUUGCACUUCCCGUACUUCAUCUUCUGGUAAAGAUUUUCGAAUUGCGAAAGGGAUCGGAUGUUUCUGAACUUCUAUCGACUACUUGCUCACUCGCGCUGCAAUACCUCCGCUUAGGAUACACCGGAAAAGCUGGACAUGCCUUCGUCAAAGCUGAAGCAUUGCUCGGACACAAGUCCAUUUCCACAGAAGCAAGUCUGGCGUGGCAUCUGAGCUAUGCUGAAUAUCUAGCGAGGAUAGGCAAUAUAACAAAAUGCACGAAUAUUUUGUCUACCGCACAAUCAAUCGCUCAGGCAGACUCCACAUUCAUGGAUUUGGCAAAGCCAUCGACAACCCUCUCUGGCAGACUACGCUUCAACAGGAUCCUAGCGGACGCGUGUUAUGUCUAUUCGCUCCUGGCCACCACGGUUGGCUCUCAUAAAGAUGCCGCAAGACAUGCAAGGCAAUGCGUGACUGUCAACCGUCGUAUCUGGUCUGCGUUGGAAUCAAGAGUUGACUCUAGGAAGACUGCCAAUGGCCCAAGCAAGACUCCAUUUGAUCCACUUAGCUCUAUGCGUACUGAACAAGGUGUUCCUCUUGUUACAUCUGUUACUCAUGACGCACUUGGUGGAGCUAGCUUCUGGUCUUUAGUACCCGCCCUUUAUCGGGGAAUCAUGCAGCACUCACAGGUUUUUUCCAAUCAAGGGUUAUUACAAGAAGCAAUCUACGUUGCAGAACAGGCUGAGAAGGUUGCUUCAGCGACACACUCACCUUCGCUCAUGAUUGACAACGCCAGCUGGCGGGCGGAAUGCUGGGCGCAGAGUGGCAGGUCCGACAAAGCUGGACCAAUUCUGGAGUCUAUUGAGGAACUGACCUCACGCAAAUGCUUGUCUGUCGUAGGUUAUCACUCGGCUGUCGCCAGGGCGCAUCACUGGAAUGGGGACUUCGAGAAGGAGAUCGCAUCGUACGACACUCUAGAGCAGUUACUAGGGGAUCUCAUGUCCCCGUCUUACAUCAAAACGCUUGACUCAUUCUCUCCCAACAUCGACGCACUGGCCGAGCAAAUCGCUACCAUGACACUCGAUGUCUCCGAGCCUCAAGAGGUGACAACUUCGACUCGUACUAGGGGUCGAAAGGCUGCGUCCAAACCUGCGCCACGCACUGCGUCGAAGGCUGCUCCGAGUACUCGGUCCAGAGCCAACACAGCAAGUGCUCCAAAAGCUGCUGCCAAACCCAAGCGCAAAGUUGUCACACCUGUGGCGCCAGAAGUGUUGAGCACCUCUGAUCAGUGUUCAAUCUUAACUGCAUUCCACGUUGGAAUCAUGCACCGAGGAGUGUUGGCAAAUCUUCUUGGAGAGGACAUCGAAAAGGCUCUUGACCUACUCAAGCGGGUCGAGCAACUCCAUCCUGGUCUGGACCUGGAAGUUUCGCACAUCUGGGCCAAGUUCAAAGCCAUGUUCGCACAGACUACCAAGCAGAUUGCUGAAGACAUGGCCUUCAAUACGCUUCCGGAAUCUACUAUCGCUUUCCCUGCCAUCGGGUUCAAAGACCAGACUUCUUCUGAUGGGUCUGAUGUCAAACGAGUCACACCUGCCGCUUCAACAACAGUUAGAGGCGGCAAAGGUAAGAAAUCGGCUACAGAAGAUGUUGCGGAGACGCUCCGUAUUGCUCGGGAACAGCUCGUUCAAGCGCAUGCGUUGGCCGCUAUUCGCGGUUCGAACCACUUGUUCGAACAGAUCUCCAUGGCACUUGGACACGUCACCGUUUUAUUAUCUGCGAUUUCUGGAGGAGCUUCACGGGGUUCGCUUCACCCAUUGUACGCAGCGUACAUGAGCGAACUGCCAAAAUGCAAUGCCCUCCGGCUUGCGCAAGAGUCAACCGAAGCAGAAAGGGAGCAAAUGACUCGUGACGAAUGCCUGCAGUGGCCGAUAGCUGAGUCUUCGAGCUUCAGCUUCACGUCUGCACCAGACUUCCAGAAAGAUUACGUCGACAUCAUUCCGGAAACCUGGACUGCCAUAUCCAUGGCGCUGAACGACACUCGAGAUGAACUCUUCAUCACGCGUUUCGAAAGUGGCUCCUCCCCAUUUGUGCUGCGUCUGCCACUGGCUCGACAUGCUUCUCGCGAUAUGGACGAGGAAGAGUUCUCAUUCGAGGACGGGAAGAAAGACUUUGAUGAGAUCAUUGAGCUCAGUGACUUCAGUACGCGAACUGCGCAGGAUAUGACAACUAGUGAGGCCCGACGGCAAUGGUGGGCUGAGCGUGAAGCUCUGGACCAGCGUCUUCAUGAGUUGCUCAUCAACAUGGAGAACAUCUGGCUUGGUGGUUUCAGGGGUGUCUUUUCGCAACAUACGAAACAGCCCGUCCUUUUAGCCAAAUUUCGAAAAGCAUUUGACACCGUCCUGAAUAGGAGUUUGCCAUCACGCAGAAAGAAGUCGCAGCAGAAGCGAGUCGUCUUGGAUGCAAGGGUUUUGGAACUCUUCGUUGGACUAGGCGACGCUACGGACGAGGAGAUCGACCUGGACGAGGCGCUCAUGGAUCUUCUGUACUUCGUCGUCGACAUUCUCCAGUUCAACGGCGAGCGCAAUGCGUACGACGAGAUCGAUUUUGACGCCAUGGUCAUCGAAACGCAGGAUGCACUACGUGCUUACCAUAGCGCCUCUCACGACGUAUCCCCACGCUCUCCCCAUAUGAUUUUCAUCUUGGACAAGAACCUGCACGCCUUCCCGUGGGAAUCGAUGCCCUGCCUAGAAAAGCUCUCCAUAUCCCGACUCCCCUCACUGGCUGCUCUACGCGAACGACUCCUCGCCGCGAAGCCUCCCACCGCUCAGCAAGACGCUGCACCUGGACACUACAUACAAGCCGAGAGUGGCGGUACAAGCAUCCUCAAUCCAUCCGGUGAUCUCAGCCACACUCUCUCCACGCUCAACCCACACAUACACGAGCUCCAAGGCCCCUGGACCCACAUCACCAGCCGGGCCCCCUCGGAGAAAGAAUUCGAAGACUCGCUACGAGAGAAAGAUCUAGUACUCUACUUCGGUCACGGAAGCGGCGCGCAAUUCGUAAGAUCGAAAUCCGUCCGUCGUCUCUACCCCGGACCACAAGACGAGCUCAACACCAAACCCAAAGCGGGUUGUGCGACGACGCUCCUUUUCGGCUGCUCGUCUGCGCAUCUCACUGAGAACGGAAUCUUCGAGCCGAGCGGCAUGCUCGCGGCGUAUCUGACGGCCGGCGCACCUGCAGUUGUGGGCAUGCUGUGGGAUGUUACAGACAAAGACUGCGAUCGGCUUGCUGUCAGAGCAGGAGAGCUGUGGGGACUCUGGCCGGAGGUCGUGGAAGAUAGCACGUCCAAAUCACGCAAAACGCCAGCGAAGAAGACGAAAGGGAAGGGCAAAGCUGCGGAUGUUGAGACUGCGCGGAACGCAAAGACUGGGAAGAAGGGGAAGGCUGGGGGACCAGGCGGUGAGGAUAGUGAUCUUGGAGCACCGAGAUCUAGGGGCGUGGGAUUGGAUGAAGCGAUUCGAGAGGCGAGGAAAUCGUGUGUGCUGCGGUAUUUGAAUGGCGCUGCGGCGGUUGUGUAUGGAAUUCCGGUGUAUUUGGAGUAGAGUCGCGUUUUGGGGCAUGGCCGUGGAGUUACAGAGGGAGGUGGGAUACAAAGGUUACGUUUGCGUUUGGCUAUCGAGUAUAUUCGAGAAUUGAG